CCCAUAAAACGCAGGGCCUGCUCAGGGUCCCAUCCCCGACUCGUGGUCUCCCCUGAGCAGAGAGGAAGGUUACGGGCGGCAUGGAGCCCAGGGUGGUCUGCGUCUUGGUGUUGGUCUGCGUGCUGACCCUCAGCUCCCUGGCCCAGGGCGAGCUUGAGACGUGUGUGGUGGCCCCCCACCACAGAGCGAACUGCGGCGCUCCGGGCAUCACGCCCGCCCAGUGCAAAGCUAAAGGCUGCUGUUUUGACAGCACUGUCAGCGGAGUCCCGUGGUGCUUCCACCCUGCGGCCGUGGAAAACCAGCCUGACGAGGAGUGCUCCUUCUAGACGUGCUGCGGAGGAGCGGCGCCAGGAGCUGGAAUGGCCUCACCCGGUGGCCGGGAGCCCAGCCACGUCACCAGCAGGCUCUCGGGGCCUCGGCUUGCUGCGCGGACAGACGGCACACGCCCCUGGACUCAAAAUUGGCAUAACAAUUAAAAGAGAUGAAUGUUA